AUGCCGCAUGAGGGGUUAAGACUAAUCUUAGGAGUUACCAUAACCGCGAUCCUAAUAGCUAGUUACUUCAUUCCUGGAGAAGUAUUUUCUUCAUUAACACACAAAGAAAUAACAAGAGAAAUAAAGAAUAAAAUAAAAAAAAUAGACGAACUUAUUCGCGAGGCUUCUACACGACAGAUUGACUCAGUAAACAAAAUAAAAGUUGAAAGCGCAAAACGAAUCAUUGAUUUAGAAGAAAAAGGCAAAAAACUACACGAGGAACUAGAAGAACUAAAAAGGGAAGAAGGAAAACAAAGUAUAAACUAUCAAUCCAAGCUUUACGAGCGACAAGAAAAUACUGAAAUUUCCUCUUCUUCUCUCCUCUUUUGCGGCGAAGAAUUUAAUUCCAUCUUAACUACUAAUGAGUAUAAAAUUGAAAGUAGGAAAUUUAACCUUUCAGAAAAUAUUGUAAAUUUUGAUGAAUAUCAAGACAAAACUGUAGAAGAAGUAAAAGCAAAAAUUUUAGAAAUAAUAAAGAAAGAAGAGUCAGCUUUCUACACAAAAGAAUUUUCAGUUGCCUUUCUUAAAAAUAUUAAUAAAGUUGUUAAACAAGGAGUAAAAAAAUUGCUUUCGUCUCUUUUUGGACAAGAAGCAGAUGCUGAUUUAUGGAAAUACAAAGAAAGAUUUAGGCAACAAGAUGGGACCAUUGAGGAGAGAGAAGUAACCCCUAACCUGUCCAACUUUGUCUUCAUUGCUAGUAGUUCUAAUUCCAACUCUGAAGAAUUAGAAGACUUGCACAAGAACUUUCGAACAGUAGAAAUACCUUUAAGCAGGAAUAAAUUAAUGAUUUUCGCUCUUUCAGGAGGUCUGAUUUUUCUCGAAUCUGCGGUUAAGAAAAAAACUAUUCAAUCAUUUUUAGGCGAGAAUUAUGUAAUAUUCGCCACCAGCGGUCACUUACAAGAAUUAAAGAAAUCAGGUAUAUACAAUUUGGGAUAUCUCAAAAGAGAAAACAUUUCUUCAAUUUAUUUGGCCACCGACCCAGAUCGCGAAGGUGAAGCUAUUGCUCAAGAGGUAGUUUUAUUGUUAGAAUUAAGUCCAGGACAAUACCGACGCUUACUUUUUUACGAAAUAACUCCUCGCAAUAUUAACGAAGCUUUAAGUAAACCAUUAGAAUUAAAUGAUGACUUAGUAGAAGCACAGGUUUCUCGACAAGUGCUAGAUAGAAUGAUUGGUUUUUGUCUUAGCACAAUGCUCCAAAAGAAAUUACGGGCCCUGUCAGCCGGGAGAGUCCAAUCGGUAGUUUUAAAAUUGAUUGUUGAAAGAGAAUUUUUAAUAAAAAAUUAUGAAAAGAAAAAAGACUAUAUUAUCUGUGGUACUUGCCAAGUAAAGGAAAAAAAAAUAAUACUCAAACAAGUAAAUGAGUCUGGAGAGUUGAUUGUUUAUAAAAACAAAAUUGAGGCGGAGGAAGUUAAGAAUAAACUUAGCACAGUUUUCCAACUAGUAAAUAAAAAAGAAGAACAAAAAUUUAUUUUUCCUAAAUCAUCCUUAAUUACUUCUUUGCUACUUUUUGAAGCCAAGUCACAACUAGGAUUUUCAGUAGCCCAAACUACCCAGACCGCUCAAAAAUUAUACGAAGAUGCCCAUGAAUCUAUACACCCUACCUACUUGGAUUACCAUCCUGAAGAAAUAAAAUCAUCCUUGACCGAAGAAGAAUAUCAAUUAUAUAAAUUAAUAUUUAACCAUACUCUAGCCAGUUUAAUGAGUCCAGCUAAAGUAAACAAAAUUACUUAUACCUUUUCAAAUAAUAAUUAUCUCUUUGCCACUACCGAAAGAAUUUGCCAAUUUACAGGAUUCCUUGAUUGUUCUUUGGGAAUCUAUUUAACAAUUUAUAACGUGAAAUUAAAAAGCGAAAUAGCAGACCAUUCUAAACUGGAAGCCAAAAAAAUCGAAGUUCAAGAAUACACUGACAACAAACCAGUACGUUAUAAUGAGGGAAGCAUUGUCCAAGAACUAGAAAAACUAGGAAUCGGCCGUCCUUCCACUUACAAUACUUUUGGUCGUAUUCUACUGAAAAGAAAUUAUGUUGAACAAGAUAAAAAAGGACAUUUUAUCCCUACUGAAUUAGGAAUUGCAGUCAACAAAUGA